AUGCACCACGAAAAAGAGUAAGUUGGAGAUUUGUAUCAGGUUUUGGCCUUAUCCAAAGAGGUUGAUGAAGUCCUCCCUAUCCUCAUAAAAAUAUUAAAAAAAGAGAGAAUUUAAGACUGCCUAGAAUUUCUCUAAUAAGAUCAAAACAAAUUCCUUUUAGAAAUAGAAAGUUAAAAGGUAGAAAGCUAAUCUCUGCUUGAGAAAGAAUAGACUCUCAAAGGAGAGAAGAACAUUAAGAAAAUAACGGAUAUUCUCAAAAAAAUUAGGGAUCAUGAAUUUAAUAAACAGAAUUACUCUAUUGAUGGUUAUGAAGAAAUUAAAAAAGAUCUAAUCAUAAAAAUAUCAUGGGAUAAGAAGAUAAUAGAAUUUCUCAAAUUUUUAGUUCAUCUGACUGCCUUAGAUAAGAGAUACAUUUAGUGUGGAUCAAAUUCUCUUCAUUUGAUAGUUUGGAUGAAGGUUGAUUUGAGAGGAUAGAGUUUUGAGAAUAUCAGAAUUAGAGAUACCUCCUUAGUUGGUGGAAAUUUUGUACGAUGCAUUUUAAAUGGCUCAGAAUUUGCCAAUGUAGAUAUUAGUGGAAUGAACUUGAGUUAAGCUUAAAUGUUUAGUUGUUAAUGGAAAAAUAUCAAAAUACAUGAGUUAAAUAAACUAGAUGGCCAUAUUGGAGGAGUUAAUUAGGUAUGCUUUUCUCAAGAUGGUAAAUUAUUAGCCUCUAGUAGUGAUGAUAAUUUGAUUAUAUUGUGGGAUGUUUAAACUGGGAAAAAAAAGUUCAAAAUUAGGGAAAAUGACCAGGCAAAAUCAUUAUGCUUCUCCCCUAAUAAUUCUACAUUAGCUUUCAGCAGUGGAGAAUUUGUGUAUUUAUGGAAUCUUAAAACAGGAAAAUAAUAAGACAAAUUAGUUGGUCAUUCAAAUAUAGUUAAUUCUAUUUGUUUCUCUCCUGAUGGCACUAGAUUAGCAUCUGGUAGUUCAGAUAACUUUAUUUGUUUAUGGGAUGUUAAGAUAGGAUAAUAAAUAGCCAAAUUAGAUGGUCAUUCAAAUAGGAUUAAUUCAGUCAAUUUCUCUCCUGAUGGUAUUACAUUAGCAGCUGGUAGUUCAGAUGAAUUUAUCCAUUUAUGGGAUGUAAAGAAAGGAUAAUAAACAGCCAAAUUAGAUGGUCAUUCAGGUAUGGUUUGGGCAGUCUGUUUCUCACCUGAUGGUACUACAUUAGCAUCUGGUAGUUCAGAUAGCUCUAUCCAUUUAUGGGAUGUUAAGACAGGAUAAUAAAAAGCCAUAUUAGAUGGUCAUUCAUAUGCAAUUAAUUCAAUUUGUUACUCUCCUGAUGGUACUACAUUAGCAUCUGGUAGUAAUGAUAAAUCUAUCCGUUUAUGGGAUGUUAAGACAGGAUAUUAAAAAGCCAAAUUAGAUGGUCAUUCUGGUUUGGUUAAUUCAAUUUGUUACUCUUCUGAUGGUACUACUUUGGCAUCUGGUAGUGCAGAUAACUCUAUCCGUUUAUGGGAUGUUAAGACAGGAUAAUAAAAAGCCCAAUUAGAUGCUCAUUCAGAUUAUGUAAGAGCAAUUUGUUACUCUCCUGAUGGUAUUACAUUAGCAUCUGGUAGUUUGGAUAAGUCUAUCCGUUUAUGGGAUGUAAAGACAGGAUAAUAAAAAGCCAAAAUAGAUGUUCAUUCUGAAACAGUUUAUUCAAUUUGUUACUCUUCUGAUGGUACUACAUUAGCAUCUGGUAUUGCAGAUAACUCUAUUCGUUUAUGGGAUGUUAAGACAGGAUAAUAAAAAGCCAAAUUAGAUGGUCAUUCAAGUGCAGUUUUCGCAAUUUGUUACUCUCCGGAUGGUAUUACAUUAGCAUCUGGUAGUUAUGAUAACUCCAUCUGUUUAUGGGAUGUUACAACAGGAUAAUAAAAAGCCAAAUUAGAUGGUCAUUCAAAAGGAGUUUUUUCAAUUUGUUACUCUCCUGAUGGUGUUACAUUAGCAUCUGGUAGUGCAGAUAAGUCUAUCCGUUUAUGGGAUGUUAAGACAGGAUAAUAAAAAGUCAAAUUAGAUGGGCGUUAUGGAGCAGUUAAUUCAAUUUGUUACUCUCCUGAUGGUACUACAUUGGCAUCUGGUAGUUAUAAUAACUCUAUCCGUUUAUGGGAUGUUAAAACAGGAUAAUAAAAAGCCCAAUUAGAUGGUCAUUUUGGAGGAGUUAAUUCAAUUUGUUACUCUCCUGAUGGUACUACAUUAGCAUCUGGUAGUCAUGAUAACUCUAUCCGUUUAUGGGAUGUUAAAACAGGAUAAGAAAUUGUAUCUUCAGAUAAUCGUUAUAAAGAUAUCUUAGCAUAAUAUUGGCCUUCAACAAUUUAAAAUAAUGUUCUUCAAGAACAUGGUAUUUAUUUUUCGCUAUUCUUUAGCUAACCCUUAUAUUACUACUCUAAAAAUUUCCUAGAAUCCAAAUUUAGAAGCUUAAGGAGCUCUAAUAUUGAAAGGAGAAUUUGCUGAUUUGAAAGGAUAAGAUUUAAAAUCAUUAUUUAAAUCUAAAGGUAGUUUGAUUUUAGAGAAUGAACUAAAAAUUAUACACAAUUGA